CUCGCAGCCCGGCACCAGUCCGUGGCCCGGGGGUUGUGGACCGCUGGUGUAGAGUGUGGUGAUGUUAACAGUCCAUUAAAAUUUGGCCUACAUCUACUGAGGUCUUGAAAGUCAGCAGAUUAAUCUUAAUGUCAAAGUGCUCUGUAGACUUAAACCUAUGAUUCUUCCUGCCUUUGUCUGUAUUGACAGCAUAUAGGCAUGUAGGGGAUGAUAUAUCGGGAUUCUAAGUAUCUUCCUCUAAAGGUCAACUAGGGUCAAACUUUCAUAAAAUGUUUAUUAUCUUUAAAUUUAUGUCUUUAAAAUUCUACUGCCUUAUUUUUAUUGGAAAUAUUUAGGAAAUGAUGCUGGUAUGAUUGGGCAGAGGUAAUAAGGUAAUAGGCUUCAUCUGGCCAUGAAACAGCUUGUCAGUCAGCUAUCCCAAGAAAAACUAUACAGAACGAAGAUCAGUGAUCACACGGUGGGUGGAAGACACGAUGAUGCACCUCAUGAUAACACCAAAAUGUGCAAAGGAUGAAAGAGAUGACGGGAAAUCGUGCAAAGUUGUGCAGUUUAUGAAGACCUGUCAAACGUUUUUGUCUAACCUCACACCUCCAUUUAAUUGUCUUUGUGACCAUUUGACCUUUAACCUUACAGAUGUCACAUUCUCCAUUACACAUAAUACGCAUUGCAAAACCUGCGUAACUAUUAAUAAGUCAGCCAUCUUCCUUUGAAUCACAAAUAGCAAAGAACUGUUAGAGAUACGCGUCAUUACUUUAAAAUGGUCAUCAAACCGAAUUUAGGGGAAGUCCCGAUGACGUCUACCGCAUCUCAUAAGAGGAAGCGGAAGAUGCACCAUGCCUGGGCACCAUGUGUCUAAAAUCAGUGUUGUCAACUCGGUUUAUAGGAAACAUCCUCACAAAAAUGGCUGUUCUCCUUGGACUUUUUUCUGCUUUCCUAUUUGUGUCUGAAGCCAUAUUUGUGUACAAUGUCAACUCGACCAUCAUGGACUCAGCACUCCUGGAAUGUAGCGUGCCAGUUAAAACAGACUUGAAAAAUCUUCGCUUUUACUGGCAGGAUGAAAGGAAGGAUGUUUUGUACUCUUUCAAUAAAGGAGAGACAAUGUUCAACCAUGUAAACGACCCUUAUCUGAACAGGGUCUCGGCCUUCACCCAGGACAUGACGAAAGGAAAUAUUUCAGUCCUAGUCAAGAAUUUGACUCUUGGAGAUAAUGGGAGGAUAUUUGAAGCUUACGCUGCAGUUUUUAAUGGUUCGAAGACAGUGAUGCAGAACUCAAAAGUUUGCCAUGUAAAUUUGUAUGUAACAGUGCCUUACAAGGACCUCAAGCUGGCUGUAAACACUAAAACGAUGACUUCAGUGUGUACGCUGCGCGAUGUAUUUCCAGCUCCUGAGAUACACUGGACCAUCCACUACAACCACUCUGAAUCCUUAGUUGACUCGAAGUAUGUCCACACUAAGACAGAGCAGGACCCUGAAAACUAUCUGUACACCUCCAGCAGCACUCUCCACAUCCCUGCAGGUCCUUACCGAGCCAUUACCUGUCUGUGCCACAACCCCACUUCAAAUACGACUCUGAACACCACCUAUACUUUAAGCAAAGGUGCAGCAGUAUGGAGUUUACCUGGCUGGUCUGCAGGUCUCAUAGUGGCUGCUGCGGUUCUUCUAACAGCUCUGAUGCAGCUGUAGUUCACACAUGAUGUGAGUUUGAUCAAUAGAAGAAGCUUUUUUCAGGGCUUGGUUUUGGUGGUGGACGACUUCAGCUGGUCUAGGAGUUUCAAAGUACACCAAAGUUUGUGUGACUUUUGAUGUAUUUAUAAGUGUAUUUAUGCCACACUACUCCAGUCUUAUUGCAAGCCUAAAUCAGAGACUUUUGAAAAUGCUGCUUAUCCAGUUUCAGUCUGGCCUGGAUGGGAAAACACAGACUGAGUUUCAUGAAUCAGAAAAAUGAAACCAAAAGAUCACACCUAGGAUCAGGUUCCCUGUGUGGUUUCAUCCUUUUCGUGUUGGGUAGUUACUUCAGGAUUUCAGAAAAGGAACAAUUGCGCACACAUGUGGGUUAAAAACCUCGAGGUGGAUAAUAAUACUCCUGCUGCGGGCAGAAGAUGAAAGGAGUAGAGAUUGUGAAGGUGGAUGAGUUUAAAUGUUUGGGCUCGACCAUCCAAAUAGACAGAGCGCACGAAACGUGAAGAAGAAGGAACAGAGGAAGACCUCAGAGAUUCAUGGAUGUAGUGAAGGAGGACUGGUGACAGAGGAGGGUGCUGGGAGUGAUCUGUUUUGAAAAGCAGCUGAAAACUCCUUUUAAACUUGUUUGUUUUUUAGCACUAUGAUUGUGAAGCACUUUGUGAUAUUUAUCUAUAUGAAUAAAAAUUUACUUAUG